AUGAAAUACUUGUGGUUUGAUGAUCAAAAAAGAAAGAAAGUGGAGGAUAAUGUUUCUGAAAUUCAUUAUGGACCUGUUUAUAUCUCUAAUCCAGUCACCAAAGAAUAUAUUAUCCUUCCAAAUUAUGAAGGAGUGUACAAAUGGAGUGGAUUUGGUUACAAUCAUUCAACCAAUGAGUACAAGGUUGUUAGAAUCUGUUUUGAACCCGACGAACCAAAUUUUGGAAUUCCUCAAGUGUACACUAUUGGCAGCAGCAAUGGAUGGAGAAAUUUAGGAGAGAUGGUCAUGGAGUUCAAAACAAUGCGAUUUCUUAUGUAUUGUGCUGGUAUGUUUGCAAAUGAAGCUCUUCAUCGGGUGAACCAUGACAAAAAAAACAUUGUUGCUUUCCAUAUGGCUGAUGAGAAGUUUAGUGAGCUUCCUCUACCACCUUGUGCUUUUCAAAAUUAUUCUCCUACACUAGGGGUUUUAGGUGAUUUUCUAAGUGCUUAUAAAACUGAUGGUACUUACGGCAAUGUUGGUGGUUGUGAAAUAUGGUUAUUGAAAAAUAACAAAGAUAAUAAUUAUAAUGACUGGAGCUGGAGUAAAGAGUUGAGGUUUGAUUCUUUUGAUAGUUAUUUACCGCCGCCAUUUGGGUAUACGAGGAGUGGUAGUCUUCUGUUCUAUGGGGAUAGCAAAUUUUAUAUUUACGAUUCAGAAGCUUCAUCAACGGAUGUGAAUUUUGGCAAGGACCGCAUUGUUAUUACUAAAGUAAUCAGUCACAAGAACACCUUAGUUUCAUUAAAAGUAUUAGGAGAAACAAAUGCGAAAACAAUGGAAUCCGAUAAAGUAGCAAGUUCAAGUGAGGUGAUAGAUAGCAGUGCUUAG